AUGGGAUCAUCAGGGAGUGGCAAAACUACAUUAUUGAAUACUUUGUCAACAAGAACAAACUUUAAAAAUAAAAAGUUAAAAUAUAGAGGGACUAUAAAAUAUUAUUCAAACGUUUCUAGAAUUAAAAGUUCAUAUUUAUUACAAGAUGAUGUUUUUUUACCUGGUUUAACUUGUAUUGAAACUUUACAAUAUCAAGCUGAUUUACGACUUCCAUCAAGUGUAACAAAGGUUGAGAAAAGAGAACUUAUAGACUCAUUACUCGAAACAUUACUGAUUAGACAUUUAGAAAACAAAAUAGUGUCUUCAUUUGUCCAUGGCACAACUUUAUCGGGUGGUGAACAAAGAAGAUUAUCAUUAGCUAUACAAUUAUUAAAUAAACCGUCAGUUUUAUUUUUGGAUGAACCAACAACUGGCCUUGAUUCAACAAUAUCAUUACAAUUGGUAAAUUUGCUAAAAAAGUUGACUACAAUAGGUAUAACAAUUAUUUUAUCUAUACAUCAACCAAGAUCUGAAAUUUCAGAAUUAUUUGAUAAAAUAUGCGUGUUAGCUAAAGGUGGUAGAAUGAUUUACUAUGGAACAUUAAUUGAUUCUCAUGCUUAUUUUAGGAAUGUUCUUUAUUUACCUGAGAAAGGGCAAUCAAAUUUUAUUAAUUUUAUCGUAAAUAUGUCAGUUAAAAAUUCAUCUACUAAAUCAAAAGAAUUGUUCAGCGCUAAACGAAUUGAUGACUUAGUUAUGAAAUGGAAACAAUCCUUAAAGUGGGAAGAGAUACCAGAUGAAAAGUUUGAAAUAUUAUUGAAACAAUUUUCCCGAUCUAAGAAUAUUAACUUUUUACAGGAAUUGAUAAUUCACACUAGAAGGUCAGUCCUUUUAACUUGGAGGGAUAGAUGGACAUUAUUUUCAUUAAAUGGUGGUAGUAUACUUAUUGCUGUUGUGUCAGGUUGGAUGUUCUAUAAACCAAAUCCAAAUUUGUCUGGUAUUAGAUCAAUUACAUCUGUUUUAUACGUGAUGAUGGAAUUCAUUGGAUUCUCACCUGUUUUUAUCGAAAUUGAAAGAUUAUGGACAAAUGACGGGUUAAAUUUUAUAAGAGAGUAUAAAGAACAUAAUGUAGGAAUUUUGACUUUUAUAAUUUCAAGGAAAUUAGGUAAAUCAUUAUUUGAAGACUUACCAAUAGGUGCUAUAUUUGCAGCUAUUACUUAUUUCAUGUGGGGUUUAAGAUCUGGUGCUGGUCAUUUUUUUAUUUACUUUUUAUUAACUAUAUUAGUUUCAUUUAUUGGGAUGGCUUCAGGUUUAAUUUGUUUUGCAAUAGGUACUGAUUUAGCUACUUCAACAAUGUAUUUCAAUUUUUUUUAUCAAUUACAAAAUUUAGCUUGUGGUUUUUUUGUGAAUGCUAAAACAAUGCCUGUUUAUGUUAGGUGGUUGAAAUAUUUAGCUUAUUUUUGGUAUACAUUUGGUGCUUCAACUUCAAAUCAAUUUACAAAUUGGAUGGGAAAUUGUCCAUAUGAAGAAGAUGACGCUAGAUGUGAACAAUAUACAGGUAGUUAUCAAUUGGAUUUGUUAGGAUACCCACAAGGAUGGAUUGGUGAGCCUAUUGGAAUUUUAUUUGCUUGGUUAUUUGGAUUUUAUCUACUAGCUUGGAUAUGUUUGCAUCUUAAGAAUUAUGAUAUAAAGCUGACAAAGACAAUCAAGAAUACUAUUGGAGAAGAAGAGGAAGAAGAAGGCAGGGAGAAGGAAGAAACGCCAGUUGAUGAAAAAGUUACAUCUGAUGAAGGUCAUGUAUUAACAGAUGAUGACGAUAUUUACAUUCAUCUUGAUUCAAUUAAUUUAAAAUCAAAACAAAAUCAAAUACUAAGUAAUAUAUCUACUACCUUCAAUGCUAAUCAAGUAAAUGCAAUUAUGGGAUCAUCAGGAAGUGGUAAAUCAACAUUGUUGAAAUUAUUAGUCAACAGAUUAUCAACAAAUAUCCAAUGGGCUGGAGAAAUAUUUUUAAACUCAAAUCAAAGUAUAAAACCUACUGAAUUAUCUAAAAUAUCAUCAUACCUUUCACAAUCAGAUACCUCAUUGAUUGCUAAUUUGACUGUCCGAGAGUCAUUAUAUUAUCAAGCAAAAUUAAGACUACCAGCUGACGAUCAAGAUAGAAUUCCAAUAAUAAUAAACAAAUUAAUUAGACAAUAUGGACUUUUAGAUUGUGCAGAUACAAUUAUUGGCUCAGAAUUUACAAAAGGUAUAUCAGGUGGUGAGAAACGUAGAUUAUCAAUUGCAAUUCAAUUAUUAUCAAAACCAAAAAUUUUAUUAUUAGAUGAACCUACGUCAGGUUUAGAUUCAUUUACUGCAUUAUCAAUAUUAAAACUAUUGCAAUUUAUUGCUAAAGAAAAUAAAACAACUAUAAUAUUAACUAUUCAUCAACCAAAUGAAGAAAUGUUGAAAGAGAUUGAUAAAAUUUUAAUUAUUUCAUUUGGAGAGAUUAUAUUUGAUGGUAAUAGUAAUCAAUUGAAUAGCUAUUUAUAUAAAUUGGGCUACGGAUAUUCAAAUAAUCCUACAAAUGUAAUCCUUGAUAAUUUAAAAGAUUUGCCAGUUUGGACAAAAGAUGAAUCAACAAUACCAUAUGGUAAAUCUAUAGAUCUAGAAAGAUAUCAUAAACAUAAAGUGUCAUCAAUUUCAAUAUUAUUCACAUUAACGAAAAGACAGUUUAUAAACACUUAUAGAUCAUUUGACAUCCUAUUCACCAGAUAUAUUCAAGUUAUUGUCCUCGGUGGUAUCAAUGCAUUAUUUUUUGCACCGUUAAGAAACAAUCAAGAAGGAAUCUCAAAUAGAUUAGGUGUCAUACAAGAAGUUUUGAAUUUAUAUUUCAUUGGAUUAAUCAAUAAUAUCACCACAUAUCCUCUCGAGAGACAAAUUUUUUAUCAAGAAUAUAGAGAUGGGUUAUAUGGAGUAUUUGAAUUUUCAUUAUCAUACUUAAUAAAUGAAUUACCUUGUGAAAUCAUACCCACUUUAUGUUUUAGUGCUUUUACAGUGUUUGCAAUAGGAUUACCUCGAAACCCAGCAAUGUUUUUCGCCAUGUUUAUAUCAUCAUUUAUACCAAUCAAUAUUGGAGAAAGUUUAGGGAUAUUAUUACUUAGUAUAUUUGAUCAUUUAGGUUUAGCAACUAAUAUUUUAGCUAUAAUAAUGACAUUUGCUGUUUUUAUGGCUGGUACAAUGAGUUUACAAAUGCCAGUAUUUUUCAGAGCAUGGAAUUGGUUAAAUCCUUUGAAAUAUUCAGUUGGGAUAUGUGCUAAAUUAGGUUUUAAAAAUCAAACAUUCAGUUGUGAUGGUCAAUUUGAUUGUGUGUUGAAUAGCGGAGAAAAAGUUUUAGAAUAUUAUGGAUUAAAUCAUAAUUUACCAGUUUAUUUUGGUGCUUUAGUUGCAUGUUUAUUUAUUUAUAGAAUCAUUGCAAUUUUAAUUCUUUAUAUAAAAGUUAGAUUAAUAUAG